CCUAGCCGCCUCGCAAUGCAUCUCAGAGUCAGAGUCCGUGUUGGAAGCGAUUUGCUCCUGUACUGUACAUACACACACUCGAUGCUGCUAUGCUUCUUUCCAAUCGCAAUCCCAAUCCGUAGAGCAGCCGGGGCCAACAAGCUACGGAGGAAAGAAUCAAUGUCGGGAGUAGGUUUUAGUAAAAUUGACGGGAAUUCGCAGCAGGAGGAGGAGGAGAAAGAGGCUGACGAUUUGGACCGGGAUUUGGGGAUGAUGAGGGAGGAAUUGGAGCGUGAGGUGCUCAACACUUGGCUCUGGGGCAAGGACAUGGACUCUAUUCUGAAUGAAGAAUCUGAAUGGCAAGGGACACUUCCAGGCUGGGCCUGCCCUCGAGAAGAUAAUUACCAGUCCGAAAGUGAAUUCUCGGUUGAUCCAGAUGAAUGCGAUUCUUUCGACGGAUACUGGUAUGAAUUCCGCUACGAGGAUGGAAAUCCUUACUACGCUGCUGAGAGGGAGGAGAGAUGGGAGAAUCAGGUUAUGGAGCAAAUGAAGUUCACAGUAUCAAUUGCAAAGCAACGACAAAAUGAUUUCUUUUGUCCUAUUUUUGAGGGGUCUCUACAUGUUGAAGGGCCAUGUCAUUUGGAUCCAGAUAUCCUGUCGACGGAGCAUCUAUUGCCCCAGCUGCCAAAGUGGAAAAAUCGUUGGGUAAAUGGAUACAACCACAGGAAUGAACCUUGUCGGCGUGCAAUCCAGGUGUAUGAUUUGAAUGUAUCGUCCCCCCAUGAUGAACCAAUGGAGAUCUACGGUAUAUUUGCAUUUAGAGAUGUACGAAACAACCAACAACGUAAUCAUGUCUUUCAAUACUCGAGGGACAAACCAUAUAAGCUUCGGCCGGGCUCUAAUAAGAUACGGCCUCUAAUUUGGCCACCUAGAGGCAUAUAUGCAGUUGGGCCUAUGUUGAUCGAAUACUACCUUGUCAUUAAGGGUCAAGAAAGGAAAGACGAUAAAGUGUUGAUAGACGGGCAUUCUAUGUAUGCCCCAUCGUUCUAUUCAGAACUUCAUAGAUACCGUUGGCACAUCGACACUGGUCAUUGUGGCACUGUUGCUCUGGAGAUGGUUGCCCUUGAUAAGGCAGUACUGGGCACAUUGGAGCUUGAGGUACUCGAUCUCGGAGAGAACUGUUUUGAUUCACUUACAGUUGUUGCAGGUUACUGCGUACAGUGGGGACAAUUCAUGAUAUUUGACGGCAAGUUGAGCGUUGGCAAGUUGCCCCCGGUCACAUUAUGCGUGGACGGUGAUGGAAUUCUGUUGCUUCGCUUCUUCACGUAUAACAGCCCUUCAAAUGAUAAGAGCUUUAGUCAUGGUGGUGGUGUUAAUGAUCUCCUUGAGCAUGUCACUGAGGAUGUGUUGUUUGGGAGUAUGUCGUUUGUACCACAGAACGAGGGGAGUUCUACUGCAAGUGGAGGCUGUUCUAGUUGUAUGGACGGUCUUGAGAUUUCGGCCACUGCCAAGUGGUCGCCAUUAUUUGAACAAUCAGAUUAGCUAUGCUUCCCCUUUCAAAAAGGAAGAAGAUUAGCUAUGCUUCGUAUUAUACACAAAUGGUUUGAUCAUCUCUGUAUUUAGUAAUGAAGGCCUAAAAGGACAAGAAUGACCAAGUUUGUAACAGACGAUAAUAGUGUAUCUCUCCGCAAUAUGUAUAUUAAUGUGGUGUUUUCUUUGUUUUCUUUGAAUAA